GUUAGUCCGGUAAAUAUACGCAUCAAUUAUAUUAAUCGCCGAGGCAAUUAGGGUUUUACGUCAUCUGCAAUCCCAUUCUCUUUCACGAAGGUAUAUAGAAUUUUGAAAAUGCAGGGAAACAGAGGACGCCAAGAUCCUUUCUUUGACCUUGGUGAUCCUUUUGCGGGCUUUGGUGGCCACAGGAGUUUAUUGUCUAAUUCUUUUGGAGGAAGGGACCCAUUUGAUGAUCCUUCUUUCACGGGCCCAUUUGGAAGCAUGUUUGAGUCAAGCAUCUUUGGUCCUACUGGUAGUCCUUUUGCAAAUCCUUUUUUCAGGGGCCCAUUUGGAAGCAUGUUUGAGUCAAGCAUCUUUGGUCCUACUGGUAGUCCUUUUGGUAGUCCUUUUGCAAAUCCACAUCCUUUUGCAAAUCCACACCCUUUUGUAAAUCCACAUCCUUUUGCAAAUCCACACCCUUUUGUAAAUCCACACCCUUUUGUAAAUCCACAUCCUUUUGCAAAUCCACAUGCAUCUGGAUUACAUCCUUUUGCAAAUCCACAAGCAUCUGGAUUUCUUGAACAUCAAGUCCCGCAGACCAAUAUGUAUAGGGGACCAAUCAUUGAAGAAUUGAACUCUGAUGAUGAAAGAGAGGAAGAAGGUAAGAAGGAGAAGAAAGAUAUUCCUAGAAAGCAUGGUAGGUUGAGCAAAGUACCUUAUGUUGAGGAUCCAGAUGAUGUAGCUGAAGAGAGAAAGAGUAAGCAAAUGCAUUACAGAAAUAACUUCAACACGUUGAACAAUGCACAGAUAGAGCCCCGAAACCAUAGUUUCACGUUUCAGAGCUCCACUGUUAAUUGUGGUGGAGCAAAUGGAGCAUAUUAUACCUCAUCUAGAACUACGAGGACAGGAAGUGAUGGUUUGAUGAUUGAUGAAAGUAAAGAAGCUGAUACGGCUACUGGUCAAGCAGCUCAUAGGAUCUCUAGGGGAAUUUAUGAUAAGGGACAUUCCGUUUCAAGGAAUCUUAAUUCAGAUGGUAGGGUGGACACAAUGCAGACUUUGCACAAUCUUAAUGAAGAUGAGUUAGCUGGUUUUGAAGAAUCUUGGAAAGGGAAUGCUGGAAAGCACCUACCUGGUUGGUCGGAGCGAUUCAAUGUACAUGAAGUUUCCAGCAGCAGUGGGCAGAAUGGGCUGGCGAGCAGGGAUGGAUGGGCUCUUCCUUCAACACAGCACGCUCAGCACUUGGAGGGCAUGAAACAGGAUGUUGGAGAAACAGCAGGUUCAUCUCGAUCAAAAGCUUUCCGAGAAAAUGAAAGAUAUAGGAGAUAGAACAGGCUCUUCUUCAGCAAGAAUAAGAGCUGCGAAUGGUGUUAACAUGGACCAGUUUAGGAGGCAUCGAUGAGCUCGUCUUUUGGCACCCCCUCUCUGAGACUUCCCACAGCCUUUACCCAGAAUCCAUACUCUAUAGUUUUAAAGCAACAGUUUCUGUAUGCUAUACAUCUUUAUGUUGUUAGCUUAUUAGCUAGAUUGCUAAUGUAUAUAGUGGGAUUGCUAGUUUGAGUCCAUGGGUAGUAGCAUAUAUAUAAUAUACCUAUAGGUCCCUGCAAUUUUAACUAUAUUGGGCAUUAUCAAAAGAUUUAUGCAUUAAAUAUAAGAAGUAUUAAAUAUAAUAUUCAAUGCCUUAUUGUUAUUUUCAUUCGCAAAUAAAAGUCUGGGACUGCAUUUCCAGAGAUAGAUCUUUGUGUAAUUCAAAUAUACUCACAAUGCCUUAUUUUAACUGUGUGGGAUUUUAUUUUUGUGCGUGUCA